GAGAUUAAGAUUUUGAAGGAGAAAGCAGAUCCAUGUUCUUGUCAGAGAAUUUAGGGCUCUUUGUUUGGAUUUGAGCUUUGCUUUUGUUCUUCUUCGUGAAAGUUUUGAAAUUUGGGAAAAGAUAUGUUUAAGCAGUUUCUAAGUAAACUUCCGAGGAAGUCUUCAAAAUCUGAUUCUGGAGAGCUGAAUCGUUCGAGUUCAGGUCCGGUAUCGUCUCCGGUUCAGAGAUCUGGAACUAGUGCCGGUUCGGGUCCGGUUCGAUCUAACUCAGGGAAGCGUAUGUCAUCUGCUGUGUUCCCAGCUAGUGUUGUUGCUGGGAUUGAGCCUUUGGUACCGUUUAAGGAUGUACCAAGCUCUGAGAAAUUGAAUCUCUUUGUGAGUAAAGUUAGUCUCUGUUGUGUGACGUUUGAUUUCUCCGACCCCGGUAAAAAUUCGAUUGAGAAAGAUGUUAAAAGGCAGACAUUGUUGGAGCUUUUGGAUUUUGUAGCUUCAGGGUCUGUUAAGUUUACUGAGCCAGCUAUUCUUGCAAUGUGUAGAAUGUGUGCUGUUAAUCUGUUUAGGGUUUUUCCUCCGAAUUAUCGGUCUAGUUCGGGUGGUGAAAACGAUGAUGAUGAGCCGAUGUUUGACCCUGCUUGGCCUCAUUUGCAAAUUGUUUAUGAUUUGCUGCUUAAGUUUAUUACUUCUCCGUGUCUUGAUGCUAAGUUGGCAAAGAAGUAUCUAGAUCAUGCUUUUAUUGUGAGGUUGCUCGACUUGUUUGAUUCGGAGGAUCCUAGAGAACGGGAGUGUUUGAAGACGAUUCUGCAUCGGGUGUAUGGGAAAUUCAUGGUUCAUAGGCCGUUUGUACGCAAGUCCAUGAGUAAUAUAUUCUACCGGUUUGUGUUUGAGACAGAGAAGCAUAGCGGAAUCGCAGAGCUUUUGGAGAUUUUCGGGAGUAUUGUGAGCGGAUUUGCGUUGCCUUUGAAAGAGGAGCACAAGAUCUUCUUGUGGAGAGUGUUGAUUCCGUUGCACAAGCCUAAAUCUGUCGGAAACUACUUCCAGCAGCUUUCUUAUUGUAUCACUCAGUUCAUAGAUAAAGAGCCGAAACUUGGCAGUGUUGUGAUAAAGGGUUUGUUGAAAUUCUGGCCUAUCACGAACAGCCAAAAAGAAGUGAUGUUUCUUGGGGAGGUCGAAGAGAUUGUAGAAGCAAUGAGCGUGAUGGAAUUUCAAAAGAUCAUGGUUCCUUUGUUCUUGCGGAUUGCUUGUUGUGUCACCAGUUCCCACUUUCAGGUUUCUGAAAGAGCUUUAUUCUUGUGGAACAACGAUCAAAUUGUGAACUUGAUUGGACACAACCGGCAAGCCAUCCUACCAAUCAUGUUCACUGCCUUAGAAAAGAAUGCUCAGAACCACUGGAACCAAUCUGUGCUAAACUUGACCUUAAACGUAAGAAAAAUGUUCUGUGAAAUGGACGAGGCUCUGUUCAUGUCUUGCCAUGCCCGCUUUAAAGAGGACGAAGCAAAGCAAUGUUCUGCAGCAGAAAAGAGGAAAGAAGUAUGGGCAAGGCUAGAGAACGCAGCAAGUAUGAAGCCGAUAACAGGAAAGACGGCUGUUCUGGUAACUCCUCGAGCAACCUCCAUUGCCUGCUAAAUAGCGCUUAAACCAAUUCACGGACAGUUUAUCCAACAGAAAUGAAGCAGCAACAUCAAAAGGAUGAUGGAGUGGCUGUUGCUUAAGCUAUGGUCUUCGGGAACUUUUCAUCGGGGUUGAUCUUUGUAAUAUUAUAUAACUUUGAUGUUGUUAGAUGUGUGGGUUUUAAUGCUAAAUCUCUUGCUUCCCUUUAAAGCAAUGAAACCAUGCUGCAUAU